UUUAUUCCCUUGGCUCCCCCUGUUUGCUUCUUCUAUUCUUCUUCUUCCAUUUGCUCUUUUCUUCUGUGAUUUCAAAUCUGUCUCCGUUAUCAUAUUUUGUAAAGGAAAAUUUUUUAUCCUUACUUUUCUGUUUCGAUUCUUAGCUUUCAGACAAUACAGCGUCAGUUUCGGAUUCGAACGAAGCUAUCCAUAUUUUUUCUUUUCUUUCCUUUUCUCGGGAAACAAAGUUGUUACCGAUCUGUGUUUCCUAUAUUCGAGGCUGCUUUUAAGGCCGUAUUUGGAUCUUUCCAUUUACUUCUACUUCAUCACUGUUGCUGCAAAUUAAUGGCUGCUCCAAUUCAAAAACACACUAAAACACCUGUUGAAGAAAUGAUGAGGAAUCUUAAAGUUAAUGAAGCUUCUGUCGAACUCAGAGAUUCUAUGGUUCCUUCAAAUGAUGGGAGCCCGUCAGAUACAACUUCCUGUAUUUCAUCAGCAGGAGAUGCAACAGUCAAUGCCAAGGAAGGCGAUGUUGAUCGUGAAUCCGUGGUAACUGACCAAGGCUUACCUAACCCAGCUUGCGGGUACUAUGGAUAUUUCUACCCAGUAUUUUGCCAGGUUAUGAUGGUACUCAUGGAGGGGUGGAUGACCAAGCAUACUAUGUAGCUGGUGAUGGAAUGGAAAUUCAAUAUCCUGUCAUGCAAGCAGAUAAUGGAUCUUUGGUCUACUUAAUGCCAGGAAUAUACCCAGGUCACAGUCCAUAUUUACCUGUAACCAUGGUUGCUAUAGAUGGACAACAUGUUGGCCAACAUCCAUAUCCUUCAAACACUAUUUUCCAACCGUCUAUUGCCCCUGGAUAUUUUCCAACUCCUUUUCUAAUGCCACCACCCUACCUGUGGGAUCCAUCUACUUUUGUUGGGGGAGGAUAUGGAAAUGAUUAUAGUGGAAUUGUGGAAAUUUCUGGUGCUAAGCCUAACAUGUCAUCUCACAGUCAUACACAUGCUCAUUCAAAAAAUUUUUUGACUCCGGACUUUAGUGAUUCUCUAAAAAAUAAGACUGCCCUUCAGUCAUUAGAAGUGCCAUCUGGUCAUGGCACGCACAACCAGUUAAAAUCAGUGGCCAAGUCAGAUGUACCGCGUGAAGGUUAUUUGCCAUUUGCCAAGUUUCCACCAUAUAAUCAAGGGAAGGGUGGGGUGCUCUAUACAGUUGCUCCUGUUAAAGCAAGUGCAAGGGGUUGGAGCAACAGUGAAAGGCCAAAAGCAAGAAGCAAAAUUAGUAACAUUAGCAAUUUUGGCUCACUUACUGAGCAGAAUUAUGUCCCUAGGACAACAAAUUCAAAAGGUUCUUUCGCUUUUGGAGGUAAUGCUGCUGGAUCUUUGGAUUCUGAUGGGACCGGAAACAGUAACAGCCUAACUUCUGUAAUUAGGAGGGAUCAAUAUAACCUUCCUGAUUUUCCAACCAAAUACGAUCAUGCAUUUUUCUUUGUUAUCAAAUCUUACAGUGAAGAUGACAUUCAUAAGAGCAUCAAGUACAAUGUUUGGGCCAGUACCCCUAAUGGAAAUAAGAGACUAGAUAGUGCGUAUCAAGAUGCACAAAAGAAAAUUGCAGAGAAAGGCAGCAAUUGUCCUGUGUUCCUUUUCUUUUCGGUAAAUGCAAGUGGUCAAUUCUGUGGAGUAGCUGAGAUGAUUGGCCAAGUGGAUUUCAAUAAGAACAUGGAUUUCUGGCAACAGGACAAGUGGAAUGGUUAUUUUCCAGUCAAGUGGCAUAUUAUUAAAGAUGUUCCAAACCCACAAUUACGGCAUAUAAUACUUGAGAACAAUGAGAAUAAGCCUGUAACUAAUAGUAGAGACACCCAGGAGGUCAAAUUUCCACAGGGUAUGGAAAUGUUAAACGUGUUUAAGAGCCAUGUUUCCAAAACAUCAAUACUGGAUGAUUUUGAUUUUUAUGAAAGCCGCCAAAAGGUGAUGCAAGAGAAACGGCUCAGGUCAUUGGUGACCCAUUUGGAUCAUAAUCAGCAGAAAGCAGAUGAAUUAAUCGGGGAAGAAAUUGAAGCAAGUGGCAAAGCAAAAGAAUAAAACAUCGGUUAAAUACUGUUGCUGAGAAUUGAAAACCAACAAUUACAUAUGAAGCUGUCAAAAGAAAAACAAAAUGGAAAAUGGAAGCUGAUGCAAAUCCCACUAAGAUUGAUGUUGAAAUUAUGGAAAAAAGGAAAAAAAAAAAAAAGUGGGUAAAGGAGAAAAUAUGAAGACCUCGUAUGGUGAUUGAAUUGAGACUGCUAAUUUUAAGAUUAGAGAUGAUUGCUUGCCGACAGCUAAAUCAAGUUUGUUCUUUUAUGUAUCGUAUGAGCAGAAGAAUGACCCACUAAUCUUAGUCCCUAACUUCUCUUUUCUUUUUCUAUUUGGAUGUAUUUGUUUCUUUUUCUAUUUGGAUGUAUUUGUUUCUUUUUCUGUUCCCCUGCUUUCACAUGUAGAUGAUAAUAAUCAAUACUCAUUGGAAUAAACUAAUAAUUGAUUAAUGUGUC